AGCAGUGUUCUUUGGUCCAGACUCCAGAUCGAAGUGUUUUUGUUUAUAACUCAAACAUCCAUCAAAUAUUUCAAUUCAGCCUUUAUAUUUAGAUGGAAAUAAAAUAAUUACAAAUAUUGUGGUAAUAAUGGUCUAAACAACAUUAAAAGAGUCAAGCAGUUUAAACUUAAGUUAUUUAAAUAAUAAGUACCCAAUAAGACUGUAAUAGAUAUAAUCUACAAUGUCAAUAGAAAUAGAGUCUGCAGACGUUAUUCGUUUAAUACAACAAUAUCUUAAAGAAUCAAAUUUAACAAAAACAUUGCAAACUCUACAGGAAGAGACUGGUGUGUCUCUGAACACAGUGGACAGUGUAGACGGGUUCUGUGCAGACAUCAACAAUGGCCAUUGGGAUACAGUGCUCAAGGCUACGGCAUCUCUCAAGCUGCCAGACAAGAAGCUCAUGGAUCUGUACGAACAGGUGGUGUUGGAGCUCACAGAGCUGCGCGAGCUGGGUGCGGCACGCACUCUUCUGCGGCAGACACAGCCCUGCCUGCUAAUGAAACAGCAGGAGCCUGACAGAUACAUGCACCUUGAGAACAUGUUGUCGCGGUCGUACUUCGACCCGCGCGAGGCGUAUGGCGGUGCGGGCGUGGGUGCGAUCGCAGGCGGUGCGGGGGGUGGAGGCGGCGGUAAGGAGUGGCGUCGCGCCACGCUAGCGGCGGCGUUAGCAGGCGAGGUGUCGGUGGUGCCGUCGUCACGACUCCUGGCGCUGCUGGGGCAGGCGCUCAAGUGGCAGCAGCACCAGGGUCUGCUCCCUCCGGGCACGACCAUCGAUCUGUUCCGCGGCAAAGCGGCCAUCCGAGACGAGGAGGACGAUCGGUGCCCCACCCACGUGUCCAAGAUUAUUAAGUUCGGACAGAAGUCGCACGUGGAGUGUGCCCGGUUCUCGCCGGACGGGCAGUACCUGGUGACGGGCUCGGUGGACGGGCUGCUCGAGGUGUGGAACUUCACCACCGGCAAGCUGCGUAACGACCUCCGCUAUCAGGCGCACGACAACUACAUGAGCAUGGACGAAGCCGUACUCAGCCUGGCCUUCGCGCGCGACUCGGACACGCUGGCGGCCGGCGCCAACGACGGCAACAUCAAAGUGUGGAAGGUGUCGACGGGGCAGGUGCAGCGGAGGUUGGAUCGCGCGCACUCCAAGGGCGUGACGUGCGUGCAGUUCUCGCGGGACGCCUCGCAGCUGCUGUCGGCGUCGUUCGAUCGCACGCUGCGCAUCCACGGCCUCAAGUCGGGCAAGCUGCUCAAGGAGUUCCGCGGGCAUGCGUCGUUCGUGAACGAUGCGCUCUUCACGCCGGAUGGGCACGGCGUGCUAAGCGCGUCGUCAGACGGCACGGUGCGGGUUUGGUCUGCGCGUUCGGCGGAAUGCACGGCCACGUACCGGCCGUGGGGUGGAGCAGGCGGUGCGCCCGACCCCGCUGUCAACUCGCUGCUGCUCAUGCCAAAGAACCCCGAGCACUUCGCCGUGUGCAGCCGCAGCAACACGGUGGUGGUGAUGAACAUGGCGGGACAGGUGGUGCGGUCUCUAUCCAGUGGGCGGCGUGACGCGGAGGGUGGCUCGCUGGUGUGCGCCGCGCUGGGUGCUCGCGGGCGCCUGCUGUACUGCGUGGCCGAGGACCUCGUGCUGUACGCCUUCUGCGCGGCCAGCGGCAAACUGGAGCGGACCAUCAACGUGCACGAGAAGGCUGUGAUCGGAAUGGCGCACCAUCCCCACCAGAACCUGCUGGCAACCUACAGCGAGGACGGCCUGCUCAAGCUGUGGAAGCCGUGAGCGCCCGCGUCUUCUGCACCGACUCCUAAUAAAUACUUGGCUGCA